AUGGAGACCAAACGGACCUGGCUGCAGGCGAUGUGGCAGUGCAAAAAGACACACACUGCACUCGUUAGCCUGGCCUCGGAGACUGAGCACCUCCUGGCUGUGAGAGAGAUCCAGCAGGACGAUGUCAAUGAGCGGGUGUGGAUCGGUCUGCGUUUCUUGCAGGACAGAUGGCUGUGGGUGAACAAUGACCCUCUGGUUUAUCAGGCCUGGCCCGAAGAAGGCGAUCAGGACCACCUGUGUCCAUUAUGGAAACGCUGUGGAGCUUUAACCAAAGAGGGACGAUGGGAGAACUGGGACUGUGACGCAAGACUCAACUUCAUCUGCUAUUAA